GUCGGGGCGCGCUGCCGGGCGGCGCAGGGCGCAGGCGCGUGCGGCCGGGCUCCCGACGCGCGCGGCGCUCGGUUGGAGCGGGAGAGUUCCUGGGUGAGGAGGAGACAGGGCGGCGGGCGUUCAGGCCAGCGAGCACCUGCCCUCUCUGUGUCGGCCAUGGCAGCUCUGCGCUACGCGGGCCUGGACGACACGGACAGCGAGGACGAGCUGCCCCCGGGCUGGGAGGAGAGAACCACCAAGGACGGCUGGGUGUACUAUGCCAAUCACACUGAGGAGAAGACUCAAUGGGAACACCCAAAAACUGGAAAAAGAAAACGAGUAGCAGGAGAUCUGCCGUAUGGAUGGGAGCAAGAAACUGAUGAGAAUGGACAAGUGUUUUUCGUUGACCAUAUAAAUAAAAGAACCACCUACUUGGACCCAAGACUGGCAUUUACUGUGGAUGACAAUCCAAUGAAGCCAACCACCAGACAGAGAUACGACGGCAGCACCACCGCCAUGGAAAUCCUCCAGGGCCGAGACUUCUCCGGCAAAGUGGUCGUCGUAACGGGAGCUAACUCAGGAAUAGGGUUUGAAACUGCCAAGUCUUUUGCCCUCCAUGGUGCCCACGUGAUCCUGGCCUGUAGGAAUAUGGCAAGAGCCGGUGAGGCGGUGUCACGCAUUUUAGAAGAAUGGCACAAAGCCAAGGUAGAAGCAAUGACCCUGGACCUCGCUCAGCUCCGUAGCGUGCAGCAUUUUGCUGAAGCAUUCAAGGCCAAGAAUGUGCCUCUGCAUGUGCUUGUGUGCAAUGCAGCAGCUUUCGCUCUACCCUGGGGCCUCACAAAGGAUGGCCUGGAGACCACCUUCCAGGUCAAUCACCUGGGACACUUCUACCUUGUCCAGCUCCUCCAAGAUGUUUUGUGCCAUUCUGCCCCCGCCCGUGUGGUUGUGGUCUCCUCUGAGUCCCAUCGAUUCACAGAUAUCAAUGAUUCCUCCGGAAAACUUGACUUUAGCCGCCUUUCUCCGUCAAAGAACGACUAUUGGGCCAUGCUGGCAUACAACAGGUCCAAACUCUGUAACAUUCUCUUCUCCAACGAGCUGCACCGCCGCCUUUCCCCUCGGGGUGUCACGUCGAAUGCAGUGCAUCCUGGGAACAUGAUGUACUCCUCCAUCCAUCGCAGCUGGUGGGUGUACACACUGCUGUUUACCUUGGCGCGGCCCUUCACCAAGUCCAUGCAACAGGGAGCCGCCACCACAGUCUACUGCGCUGCCGCCCCGGAACUCGAGGGCCUGGGAGGGAUGUACUUCAACAACUGCUGCCGCUGCACGCCCUCAGCAGAAGCUCAGCGCGAGGAGACAGCCCGGGCCCUGUGGGUGCUCAGCGAGAGGCUGGUGCAGGAGAGAGUGGGCAGCCAGGCCUGUUAAGAAAGAGCCCGAGCAAGGCCAGGCCCACUCCAGGCUGCGUGGAUUCUCCCAUCUAGUGCUGCGGAAACUUCCAUGGCUUUCUCACGUGGCCCCACAAGCGUAAGGAAAAGGGGUGCAGUCCCAAAGAGUGAG